UCCCGGUGGCAUGACCCAAAAACGCACAAACGCGUUAUCGUAGUGUAGUCGUUGUCGUUGUCGGCGGUGCCGCUGCUGUUUUCUCGAGUAAAAAGGUGGCCCCGGCAAAUCGCGCGCUCGCCCCGAUUCCCGGCUACGUGUCUUCCCCUCUCCGUACAUAAUCCGUAGUCGUCUAUAACAGUGUAUCUCCGCGCAUGCGCAGCCAAUUAUGACGUCGUAUUUUAUGACGCCACAAGACCGGAUUGGCCGAGAGCUUUUACCCGUAGAGGGGAAAGGAGAAGGGGGGUGUCGCCCGUCGCCCGCUUUGCCGCCGCAUUCUCCAGCGUUCGUCUCUGAGUACGGUUGCGUGCGAAUGUGUCGCGCGUGCUUUUUUCCACCGUCCGAAAUCGCGAUCGUGGUAUCCUGAGAAGGCUUUAAAAACGAUUUUCAUCGUCGUUUUUGGAAUAGGGUUACAUAUUCCACAUACAGAGUGACGUAUUUCACGCGCUAUUUUAAGUGGUGAUUGAUAACAAACCAUUUUGACGGUUUCAAAAAUAAAGUGCUACUAUUUUUUUCAUCGUGUGAUUUUCAUCGAUUGGAUUUCAUUUGAUCGAAUUUAUUGUUAAGAAAAAUCAACUAAAAUCGGAAACAUCGAACUACGUUCGCGGAACGUGGCUCUUAAUCAGCUAGUUACAUUUUUCACGACGUAGCUAACCGAAAGAGCUGACUUAAAAAAAAAUUGGAGUGUGGUGCUUCGAGUUAGUUUUUACUGUGAAUAAAUUUUUAUUUUUCAACGAACUCGAGGAGCCUUUCAAAGACUCAUUUUCAAUUCAUCGAAUCCUGAGAAAAAAAAACAUAUUCAAAAAAUAACUAUACCUUUGUAAACCAUAGAGACAUAACGGAUGAAAUAAAACCGCGGUAUUUAUAAAAUUAACAUGUGUUAGGGAGGGUGGUUUGAUAAAUCAAUAAAUAAAUUUUUUUAUUGAAAAUAAGUACCUCAGAAAAAAGGACCCAAAGAUGAUGGGAAAACGCACGCAGUGUUACCUCUGCGAUCUUCCCAGAAUGCCCUGGGCGAUGAUAAUGGACUUUUCCGAGCCCGUCUGCCGAGGCUGCGUCAACUACGAGGGCGCGGAUAGGAUAGACUUGGUUCUCGAGUCUGCCAAGCAACUGAAAAAAGCACACGGUUUUCAAGACUCGAGGCCAUCGGCAUCGAAGACAUACAGAACGUCUAGUCAUACGGAGCAUAACGGUGGUACGAAUCUGGACGUUCUACCGAUACAAAAUACAGCCCAGAGCCAUUCAAGGCACCACAAUAUCGGAAGUGGAUACUCUCAGCUGCAUCAUAGAAAUUCUAUAACGGAAUUCAACACGAGCUCAAGACAACAGCAGCAACAACAGCAGCAGCAACAGCAACAACAACAACAGCAACAACUUUCUAGGCACGAGGAAUCGCAUGACGGAAUGCGGAGCAAUGUUAGAAUCGCUAAUGCACAUUUGGCCGCUGUUGCUCAUCACGUUAAUCUCAGUCAUACAAGAGGAAUAACCGGCCUAAAGAGGGGAAUAUCUGCUAUUGACGAGGAUGAACAUACAUCGGAGAAAAGGUUGUCCCUCGAGGAACAACAUCCGGUCAGGCCACCUUUAAACAGGGGUGAUUCUCUGCCCGCCGUUAGUCUAGCCGUUAGUUAUGUUCAGGAUAGAAGCAAGGAAAAACAUCCAGUCAGAGCCCCAAGCUUCGACACCGCUACUACCUUCAAAUCAAACGGUGCAUACGUUGGAGCAACAACAAUUCCCUUGGCAGCAGCUAAUGUUGCAACAAAUGGAGGGGGGUCACCCCUUCGUCCAAGAACGAGUCCUCCGCCUCCACCACCUCCAGCCCAAGAAGGGACUGGAGACAAUGUCCAGACAAACCAUCAUCAGGGAACAGCAAGUGGCCCAUCCCCGAUGGCUGCCCUAAUGUCCGUCGCUGACAAUCUGACAUCUCCUGAACCGGUGCCACAACCCCCAAAUAAUCCAAGCCCAACUAGCCGCAGUCCACCUACAACAGCAGCUAAUGCUCAACAACGCAGUGCUUCUCGAGGAUCUCAGCACAGUCCAAAUAGCUCAGGGUCAUCAGGCAGAAGGUCUAGUGGUUCUAGGCACGUAUCUUCUACAACGGUAACAACUUCUUCCGAAGGUGCUGUUGCUCAGGCUACGGGAGCCGAGCCCGUUUCUACUCCAACCCUAAAGUGCACGUUGUGCCAGGAACGUCUCGAAGAUACGCAUUUUGUCCAAUGCCCUAGCGUGCCACAUCAUAAGUUCUGUUUUCCAUGCAGUCGGGAGAGCAUCAAGAGACAAGGCGCUGGAUCAGAGGUAUACUGUCCAAGUGGUGAAAAGUGUCCAUUGGCGAAUAGCCAGGUACCUUGGGCCUUCAUGCAAGGUGAGAUAGCGACCAUCUUGGGAGAAGACACAGCAGGCUCUGGCCUCAAAGUGAAGAAAGAGCGAGAAACUUAAGAAGAUCGCAUUCGCGUUAAGGUCAAGGCUCAAGUUUUAUGCCCCUUAUUGGGGUAUUUUGGUGGAACCGUGAAGGCUCACCAAAUACACUUUUGGUAAAGGUCAAUGUUGGUUUCAAGAACCAAUUAACUCGAGUCGGAGACGUUGUAGGUGCCAAUUGGAUAUUUGUAAAAUUGUAUCGAAAUAUUUUCGAUUGCUGUAAAAUUGGAUUCGACAUAAAUAUCAGUCGAUAUCGGAGAAUACCGAUUGGUUUUUGAGCAGAAGUCUUCGGCGCAUUCGUGCUGGCACCGGUUUUGUACAUAUAACGUAGCGGAAAAUGUACAAAGAUGCAUUUUUUCUGGAGUUUAUGGCGACAACUCUGAAUGUAAUAUUCGUCCAUUGAUUGAUUGGACUUGUGCCCUCUUCUGGGUUUGUACUUAGGCUUUCAUGGCCUUUUCUUAUUGUUUAAUCUCAAGCGUUAGCUGGAUGUUUAACACUUGAGAACCAAGCGGUCCUACAGGUUAUUUUUGCUCUUUUUUUUCUCCCAGUUUUAUUUUUUCCAUAUCUCUAACUACGUCUGAUGAUAGACAAAUUUUUUUGGGCCUAAUCUUUUUGAUGCAUUAUUGUAUGUCAGUAAAAAAUGAUGUAGGGCUGCUAUAUUUACAUUUGUAUACUCUUUCUGCUUUGUUUGCUUUCUCACGAAGAAGCAGACAUUUUGAACCCAUCGCACGGGGUCUCUUGUACAUUAUGUAUAUGUGUACAUAUAAAUAUUAAGAAUCGUAUAAUUAAAGGAAUAUUCAUCAUUUAAUGUACAAACUUUUUCAUUUUUCCGUAAACUAUUUUUUAGUGAACAGCACAAAUCACUGUUUCCCAAAGUAUGGGGACGCCUUUGUAAUGAAGGCAAAUCAUUUUUGGACAUGAAAAUUAAUUUUUUUUCAAAUAUUUGCCCGGUUUUAUAAUUCGGAAACACGUAUGUAAUGAUUGUUUUAUCAAUGUAAGAAAUAGUAAAGUAACAGCCGAAAUUCAAUCGUAGAGCUUUCAUCGUUAAUUUUGCUUCGCCCCCCUUUUUAUUUCAACCUUUUUUUUUUUAAGUUUAACGCUAGACUUUAAGUGAGGGCCUUUCGGUUUUUCAUUUUCCUGAUGAAAAAAGUACGCCCGAAAAAUAGGAACCACACACUCGCUAUGUCUGAAAAAUAAAUGAGAAAAAAAAAAAAUCACAAUUUGCCGGUGAUCGAGGAUUUUUUUCUGAAACGUAUACGUCAAAAACCUUGACACCUGGCCCUUUUUGUAUAUAUUUGUACAAACGGCAGAUCGAACGAUUAGAUUUUAAGCGCAUUUCAUUGUCUUAGAAAAGUUAUUACAAACUCAUGUGAGGAGAGAAACCAUUGAUUUGAGGUUUGUGCUUGCUUUUCAGUAACGAAAAUUUGAUCAUAUUGGUUCGAUAGUAAAACUGAGUAAAUUAUAUUCAAUCGCAUCAUAUAAGUAACUUGUACCAAUAUUACAAACAUUGUAGUAAAUAGACGGGUUAGAGAAAAUUUGUGAUUGCAAUAUUGUAUUCAUUUGAUUACAGAUUUCAUGUUUUCUCUGACUCUUUCUAUCGGUAGUUCCUAUAAUAAUGGUACCAGGCAGAAGGUAACGAUUCAAAAAUUAUGACAGAUUUGUACCUUCGCAUCUUUUAAGAUUAUAUUUUGAUGCAUCAUAUCCUUGACCUGGUAUCUAUAUGUUUUAAAGCAGCGUGAAACUGCUGUCCCAGGAAACAUUGUCUUGUAAAAGUUAAUAUUACGUCCUAAUAAUGGGCUUCUGAAGAUGUUCUCAUGAUAUAUUAAAUUCAUUUAUAAUAAUUAAUGCAUAUAAUAAAUACAGAAGGAUAUAAUCAUAACAUUUUUAUUUCUAUAUGAAUUUAUAAAAUUCGUUCUUUAUCCUUUGGUACAUGCAAUCCAUAACUUUUGAAAUCAAUAUUGUGACACCAGAAGCUAGAGUCGAGUAUUGUUGUACAUUGACAUAGAAUCUAUAGGUAUAAUGAUAUUCUGAAAAUAAUGAGUAGUUUAUUUGUAUUAGCUGUAAAAACUGACGUGAUUUAAAACAUUUCACUGAGUCGAUUUGCUAACACUAAGUAUGAAAAUGCAGAGUUCAGCUCUGCAUGCUAUCUCCAUUUACUUCGAUUAUUUAUUAUGUUUCGAGAACCGUUACGAGUUGUAAUUAUUAUUUUUUAUUUUGUUUUCACUUGAAUGUCUGCCGUAUAUUAAUUUUAAUUCUGUUGGUUCGAAGACUGUGUAUCUGUACAUCUUCUUAAGCCCGAUAAGGCUGUUGCCCUAAUUUUGUAUGAUUCAGUUAUUUUCUAUGAUUAUGUACUAUCACACAAAAACACGAAACCAAGCGUCAGAUAGUAAUGUAGUUAAUAUACAUUUUUUAGUGUACCAUAUACUUUAUGGUACGUUAACACCGUACUGAUUAUUGUAUGUAUGCAAGAAGCAUAAACAAAAUAUAUGUGUUGAUGUGUAA